CUUAUGUAAAUAUCUUCUGCGGGUGGGCGCUUGUCGACCUUACGUCCCAUCCACGUCCUCUUUCACCUAGAAACCUCUUUAGACUCAGUCUCAGUUAUGAAGAAACGGCUUUCGCGAUUGCUGGGCCCGCGAAGCCACUCAAACCCUCAUUUGCCAGCGCAGAGUGGAGACAGCGAAUUUGAGGUCUCCUCUCUCCCCCCUUCAGGGGAUGAAUCUCGCACAAAACCUCCAGGAUCGGUGACCAACCGUUCCACUCGAAGCGCUCGACAGUCUCCGAUCCCUGAACCCGCGGCUGCAAGUUCCGGGGCACAGGAUCCCAUAACCACUCAGACAACUCAGGAUCAUUCAACGCUCACCGUGGCACCCACUCCCGAACAGGCUUCUGAUGCCCGCGCUGCGAACUUCCGUCAUCAGGCCGAACAACUUAACCCGAAGUUUGUAGAUGAAAAAAUCGCUGAUGCCUCCAAAAAUAUGGAAGGCAUGAAAAAUGUCCCAGGAAUGGCCCAAAAUAUAGCUUCACCAUCCGACAACCUACAAUCCAUCCCAAAUACCAUUGACACGUUCUCCGUGAUUCUUGGACCACUGAAGUUGUUCAACUCCGUCGCUGAUGGGACUUGCAGAUGUCCAUCCCUAUGCAAAGGUGGCGUUGAGCAUAUUCACCUUCGCGUCGAAGAUGAUCAUCGCUCAGGCAGACCGCGAUGCUGCUGUGUCUAGUCUGCUCCAGAAGAUGUCAGAGAUCUAUGCUUUCAUGACGCAAGAUGAAGCAUUGGCCAAAAUUGAAUCGAUGGUAGCGAUAUACGGAAAGAUAGCGCGACAGACGC